AUGGCAUCGGAUACACAGCCCCUCGCCCACGCACUCUUGCAGCGCGCACUUCCACCAGAAGCUGCAGACCGAUAUUACGAAGAGCGCGUGGUCAGGCGAACCUUGUUCCUACGACCGACGUCACCAGAGCCAUCCGCGCGCGCGACACGCCGGCGCAUUCUGAACGAGAAGAAGGAGAAAGCGAAGAAGCGCAAGAACCUGAAGCCGCGUCCUCUCUCGGCUGCGAAGAAGAGACAACUGGGACUAUCCGAAAUACCGAAGGAACAGCGGAAAUGGGCAAUAUAUGAGCCGCUACACAACUUGUGGCUAGGGUACAUGAAAGAGAUACUUGGGCUGCAGGGGGUAGCGUCGGGGGAAAAGAAGUCUCAUGUGCAUGUGGAUCAUGCCGGCGCAAUGAUUGGGAGUGCCGAUAUGCACGGCGCAAUGCUGGAGGUCGUAAGGAGUCGAUGUGUCAGUCGGGUGGGCUUGAAGGGUAUUGUGGUGAGGGAUUCACAACAUGUGUUUGAGAUCAUUACAAAAGGCAAUGUCUUGAAGACAAUACCGAAAGAACACACCAUAUACCGGAUGGAGAUCCCUCUCGAAGCUGCAGAGAAUGUCGAAACACCCCGACCACUAGUCUUCGAAAUCAAUGGCGAACAAUUCCAGAACCGCGCGCCUGAUCGAGCGAAUAAGAAAUACAAGAUGCAUUACCAGCCAGAUCGUUGA